AAAGUACCCAAGACAUUCAACUCGCUUGACGGUUACUUGCAGUCCUUCAUCCUGCCACUGAUCGAAGAAACCCGCGCCGACCUCUGCUCCGCGCUGGAAGGCAUCAGGCACGCCCCGGCGGCCGAGGUGACCCGGAUGGUGCAGCUCGACGAAGAGCAGGACAUAUUCCGCAUCGGGGUCAAGAAUGCCGACGACCCCAAGUUGGCCCAACGAGACCAGGCCUAUGUCCCGAAGGACGCCGACUUGCUGGUGCUGACGGACCGGAGGCCCAGGCACAGUUCCGAGCUGGGCUUGACUGGCAAGCCCUACCUGCUCUGCUCCGUGCUGAAAGCCCAGAGCGGCGACGGCACGGUGGUGCGGCUGUCACGCUCGCUCGGGCCAGCGGAAGGGCUGCCUCUUUUUGCCGUCUUCCUGGUCAACAUGACCACAUAUAAUCGCAUACUGAACGCUUUGGAUGCGCGUGCUGCGGCGUGUAGGAACACCAGCCUCAUUGAGAAGACAUUGGAUCCAAAGUUUGGUCGAGACUACAACGUAUCGUCGUCAGAAACACCUUCGAGUCUUCUGGAUCGGAAGCUUGAUGGCCUGAAGGAUUUCGAGCUCAACGACUCGCAGCUGUACGCGGUGCACGACUGCGUUUCCGCAGUGCACCAGCCGGCCUGCUCCGUGCGCCUCAUCUGGGGGCCUCCCGGGACGGGCAAGACGAAGACCAUCAGCGCGCUCCUGUGGUCCAUGCUGAUCGAGAACCACAGGACGGUGACCUGCGCUCCGACCAACACUGCUGUGGCGGAGGUCGCGUCGCGGGUCCUUGGUGUUAUCGAAGAGUCCGGCAGCGGCUGUGCUGCAACGAAGUGUUUCUUAGGCGAUGUCGUGCUCUUCGGCAACGAGGACAGGAUGGCCGUGGACCGGAAACUAGAAAAGAUCUUCAUAGGCUCGCGUGUUUGCCGUCUGCGUCAGUGCAUGAUGCCAAGCACAGGGUGGACAAACUCCCUGAGCUCCAUGAUUGUACUUCUCGAGGAUCCGAUGGUUCCGUAUGAAAGGUAUGAUGAGGCCAUACAAGGUUGUUUAUUGCAUUUUGUUUCAGAAGAAAUCAAGCUAAGAAAUGAAAUAGCUGUCUGUUCUUUACGGACGAUGGAUGACAAAAAAGUUAAGGAGAUGCAGAAAGAUUUACUGGAAGUGCAGAAAAAAGUACGAUUGGUAGAGCGAGAGAAAAUGUCAUACGAGACCUACUUCCAGAGUAACUACAAGAAGCUCGCUAAGGAUUUGCGCACUUGUGUGGAGACUUUCGUCGAUGAUCUUCCCAGAUCCGCAACGUCAGAAGAAAACUUUUGCUGCAUGGCAGAGAUGCCGCUCUUGCUCGAUGCGUUUGGAGUGCUCGUGCAGUCUGAACCAUUCGAACAGCUACAAGCGCUGUUCAAAAGGGACACCGAUGUUAGUUUCCGGCUGAAGGAUGCGAGAUCCUCGUGUCUUUGCAAGCUACGGCUCCUUUCUUCUAACUUUGAGCUUCCGGAAAUGUAUGACAGCCGAACGAUCGAAGAGUUCUUGCUUCAGAAUGCUAAGAUCGUGCUCUGCACAGCUUCGAGCUCGUACCGCUUGCACUACAUGCAGAAGGCCCAGCCCUUGGAGGUCCUUGUCGUGGACGAGGCCGCACAGCUCAAGGAGUGCGAGUCACUGAUACCCCUGCAGCUGCCUGGCGUCCGUCACGCUGUUCUCAUCGGUGAUGAGUACCAGCUUCCCGCAUUGGUCAAAAGCAAGGUUUGUGAGGAUGCAGGAUUUGGAAGAAGUUUGUUUGAGAGGCUAACAUCUCUAGAACAGCCCAAGCACCUCCUCGACGUACAGUACAGGAUGCACCCAUGGAUCAGCAAGUUCCCUGUCUCCAGCUUCUACGGCGGCCGGAUAACCGACGGCCCCAAUGUCCUGAACAGGAACUACGAGAGGCGGCACUUGGCCGGCCCCAUGUACGGGUCCUACUCGUUCAUCAACAUCGACGGCGGCAGCGAGGCCACGGGCAAGCAGGACCGCAGCCUGAUCAACCCCGUCGAGGCAGCUGCUGUCGCCCGGAUCGUUCAGAAGCUGUUCAUAGAGUCGGUUGACACGAGGAAGGCGAUCCGCGUGGGAGUGGUGUCGCCCUACAAGGGCCAGGUCCGCGCCAUCGAGGAGAAGCUCGGCAAGCAGGUGUACUCGAUGCACAACGGGUCGUUCUCGGUGAAGGUGCGGACCGUGGACGGGUUCCAGGGCGCGGAGGAGGACGUGAUCAUCUUCUCCACCGUGCGGAGUAACACCGCCGGCAAGAUCGGCUUUCUCGCCGACACCAACCGCACCAAUGUCGCGCUGACGCGGGCCAAACAUUGCCUGUGGAUCCUGGGUAACGCGAAGACGCUGGCCAGCGGCAAGACGAUAUGGCGGCAGAUCGUGGACGACGCCAAGGAGAGGGGCUGCUUCUUCGACGCCAAGGACGACCAGGACCUCGCCAGCGCCAUAAUCAAGGCCUCGAUCGAGCUGGACUUAGUGGAGAAUCUGCUCAAGUUUGACAGGCUGCGGAUCGGCGGCUCGAGAAGGUCCGGGGUAUGAUGGUAAACUCAACUCGCAAGCUCCGGGUCCGGGGUUCCAACUACCAAGUUAGAAACACCAACUUUGGCCAAAGUCUGUGUGUCUUAAGUUUUGAACUAUCUUGCUUAUGAGGUGAUGAUGAUGAUUGAUCUAGAUCCCUUAAAUAAAUUUAACAUCACAUGAAGAAUCAUGUCCUCGUUUG